ACUGUUGAGAUUCCCAAGAGCCACUGCCUGUCUUUCACAGCAAGUCCUCGACGCUCCGACAGCGCUGGUCGUCCAACACGGUUGUGACUCGCUCGCUAUUAGUCGUGAGUUGAUUGUCUUCAGUUCGCAGGACGUCCCCAUAGCCUGACUUACGGGCUUUGGGUUCUUAUUCGUACCCAACAGUCUUCACUUUUGGAUGAAGCUGAACACCACAGCGGCCCGCAACAUCCCUCCGCAAUCGGACAGCAUUGACGGGCACGACGGUGAAGGACAUAAUUCAUCCAGCCAACAUCCAAAAUACCACCAUGGCGAACAACGGCUCCUUCAACUCGGUCCUUUCCGGCCCAUCGCUCAUCCGGGUUUUGCUAUUAGCAGCAGCAGCCACCGUGACAUCAACAGGCUCGCUCCUCUCCGGAGCCUUGCCUAUUAUGGCGACCGCAACAGUCUCGCCGCCCCAUCCGAUCGGCUACCGCGCCGGCGUGACCGGACGUCUCGGUGAUCUCGGUCCACGACUCCCCGGAUCUCUGCGUGGCCAGGCCAAUCCAUGCAACCGGACGGCUACUACCACCACCGGAACCGGAGGAGGAGAGGAGGCGGAAGACGAGCUCUAUGACGUUUGUGACGGGCCCUACAGCUUUGUCCGAUGCCGCGGUCGCGAUCCGCUGCUCAUUGCAGACUGUAUUCCCAAGCCGAAGUAUCGGUGCUGGAUCGAUCCGGAGGAGGCCAAGGCGUCGUGUGGGAAGCCUGAACUGGAAUGUGUAACAGAUCAUGUGUCAGCGGACGGAGAGGUUGAUUAUGAGGCGGAUGGGUAGCGGACGCCAAGCGGAGCUGGUUUUGUCAACAGGUUCAUAGCUCGUUCGGGGCAACUUCCGUCAUGCAGAGUGCAACUGGGACCGCCAUAGAGCAUCAUUAGCCGAGGGAGCGGUACCGUCAUAGACCCGUAUGUCGACGAGUGAUGCGGACGAGAUGGCCAGGUUGUGCGGCUUGCGAAUGGAGUCUGC